AACAUGACAAGUAAUUUAAUCAAAACGGGGAUUUAGGAGUACUUUAGCUAGAUAUAAAACUGUCUGAAGCUACCAUGAUGAGCUGCUCCGCCACAGUUGGCCGCGCCGGCGCCACUGCCACUGCCGGUGGCGGUUGUGUUCCUCACCUCCACCACUUCCGUACAUCAUUUUCUUCCCCAUUCCAACUCCAAUCCCACAGAAACUCUAAACCAUUACGCGCCACAAUCACAAUUUCAUGUUCUUCAAACAAAGCAAAGCAACUUCGCGAAAUUCUCGAUUCACCAGGAGUUCAUCAAGGUCCAGCAUGUUUCGACGCACUCAGUGCAAAUCUCGUUCAAUCCGCUGGUUUUCCGUUAUGUUUCACAAGCGGUUUUUCUAUCUCUGCUUCUCGAUUGGGAUUGCCUGAUACAGGCUAUUUGUCUUACGGUGAAAUCUUCGAUCAAGGUCUUCUUAUUACUCAAUCUGUGGAUAUUCCUGUUAUUGGUGAUGCUGAUAAUGGUUACGGUAAUGCCAUGAAUGUUAAGAGAACCGUUAAGGGUUAUGUUAAUGCUGGUUUUGCUGGUAUCAUUCUUGAGGAUCAGGUAUCUCCAAAAGCGUGUGGUCACACACAGGGGAGGAAAGUGGUAUCGAGAGAAGAGGCAGUCAUGCGAAUCAAAGCUGCGGUUGAUGCCAGAAAUGAGAGUGGAUCUGAUAUUGUGAUUGUGGCUCGCACCGAUGCGCGCCAAGCCCUGUCUCUUGAUGAGGCACUCUAUAGGUCAAGGGCAUUUGCUGAUGCUGGAGCUGAUGUUGUUUUUAUAGACGCACUUGCUUCCAGACAAGAGAUGGAAGCUUUUUGUCAAGUUUCUCCUCUUGUUCCAAAAAUGGCCAAUAUGCUUGAAGGAGGAGGCAAAACACCGAUACUCACUCCUCUUGAACUUGAAGACAUUGGUUAUAAAAUUGUUGCCUAUCCCCUUUCCUUGAUUGGAGUUUCUAUACGAGCAAUGCAGGAUGCGCUGACUGCUAUUAAAGGAGGUCGUAUUCCUCCUCCAGGAAGCAUGCCAACUUUUGAAGAAAUUAAGGAUACUUUAGGUUUCAACGCAUAUUAUGAAGAAGAGAAGCGUUAUGCUACAAGUACCGAUCAGCUGCUUUCAAAGAGAGAGAGCAGUAGCGUAUACAGUAUACAACAGAGAGAGCAAGUUGAUACAGAGCAGACAAGUCAAACUAUCGAAGAUCCAAUUGUGGAAGUUAUAACACCUGAUGUGUACAAUAAAUAUGGUGCAGAUGGUUCAAGGGACCCUUUUUCUGGAAUCUGGUCCCGGACUCUGAGAAUUAAAAUAACUGGCAGAGAUGGAGUCGAGAAACUUGAUCUCCGAAUUCCUGCUGGAUUUCUGGAUGGAAUCACAAACACAGUUCCUGCUUUGGGUGGGGUAAACCUCAAAAAACUAUUGGAUGAUGCAACAGAUGAAAUUGGGGGAAAACUGUUAGAUUUUAAUGACAGAAUGGGUGACAGGAUUCAAGUAUUUCUGGAGUGAUUCCACAUUGCUUUCUCAACUCCAAGGGAAAUUUAUAGCUCAUGCUGAUGAAGGUGAUUGGUGGAAGCUAUGGAUUGAAGCCUAAUCGUGACACAACAGCAUGGUUGUAGUGUAGUUUAAAAUAUCGCAUGGAUUUAUCAUCCACAUACCACAUAAAGAACCAGUUUAGUCAGGAACUACAAUCAUAAAUGGGAAAUUUCUUCAAACAAUAUUUGAUAUCAGUGGGAACUUUGCCUCAUUUUCUCUCAACAUAUUUUUAUAUUUUCUUUGUUCCCAUGGAGAGACCCCAAUAUCCUUUCCAUGGUAGUUCUUGCGGCAAAAUAUAUGUCGGACUUCUCAAGACUAGAAAAUUUCCUCUUUUUUUUUUGCAAUCCUUAUUCUUGUUAUUAAUGUUGUUUGUUGUACUAAUUAGUAAGAUCCUUGUACAUCUGUAAGGGCCAUUUUUUAUGCAUAUUUUCAGUACAUUUAUUUACACUAGUUAUUUUGAUUUUGAA